CCUCCACCCGAAGCCAUGAGUUCAAACAGCCAGUGGGAUGUAAACAAAGCGCUGACUCUUGCGAGCCUCUUCCAUUUUCUUUAUGGGGCAAGCAACGCCUGCACCGUCCCCUUUUUAACUCUGUACUUUCGGCAGCUGGGGUUGACUGCACCAUUAGUAGGGAUUAUCAUAGGGCUGAAACACUUAAUCACUUCCCUUUGGGCCCCACUGUGCUCCUAUCUAGCAAAAACCCACAAUAAAAGGAAAGUUCUCGUCACUGGAUCUCUGUUGUGCUCCGUUGGAGCAGGUUUGCUUCUUACUCUCAUCCCACCUCUGAGCACAGACAUUGCCUAUAAAUACUGUAACGUGAGCCUGCACUCAGGGAAACUACUGACUGCAACCCAGGAGCCUGAAGUUAGUACAGUGAAUUUCGGGCCCAUCACUGAUAACAAAAGACCAUCUACUGGAUUCGUAGGAAUGGCUUCUGAUGGUAGGGUGACUGCCGGAAGGCCAGCAACAGCGCAUACAUCAUUUAAAAAAGACUCCUCUGUAAACACUUCUGAGACAAACAAGCAAGCCACUGACAUUAAUACUGAUAAACUGCAAUUCAUUGAUGGCUUUUCAGGGGAGGCGUCUGCUUCUGAGAAAGAAAUCGCCACAACAGAACAAAAGUUAAAAGCUCUUCCUGUGAAAGGGUCUGUGGAGGCAACCGGAAGCCCUACGAGUAGCAUUGUGGGUAUCAGCAAGAGUUUUGAGGAAAGUGGCUCUUCGGAGACAACUGCUCACUCCACACUUCACACAGGCCCAGCACCAUUUACAGAGACUUCCUAUGUUUUUAAAAACCUGUCAGGCCGAUGGGGGAGAGCUCAGGAUGUCAGCUCGCAGCUACUGCAAGGUAUUGACUUCUUGAACAGGGAGCAUCAGGUCUUCCUCAUGGUUCUAGGUGCUGUUGUGCUGUGGGAGCUCCUGGCGGCGCCUCUUGGGUGGAUGGUCGAUGACAGCCUCUAUGAGUACCUUGAUUUUGUGGAUGCUGCGGACAAAUAUGAGAAUCUUUGGAUCUGGAAUUACUUGGGGGCAUCCGUGGCAGUCUGCGGUGUGUCGGUAUUUGUGGAUCAGCUGAGCUGCUUCUUGACCACAAAUAUCCCACGAUUCGCAGUGCAUUUUUAUGGCUAUGCCAUACUGAUAACCUUAACGUUACUCGUCAGUGUCUUCUUCCCCAUCCCUGUGUCCCAAAAAAAUGAACAUAUCAAUAAAACAGGCAAAGCUCUGAACCUCAUUGGGAGCGAUGGCCAAACCAUCCUGUGCGCCGUCACCGUCUUCCUCACGGGGGCCAUCGGCUCAGCUGUGCAGAAUUUUCUUUUCUGGCAAAUGCAGGACCAAGGUGGCAGCGAGCUGAACAUGGGCCUUGUGGUGGCCAUUGGACUGAUGGCUGAAAUUCUGCUCUACGUCUUCAAAAGCAAGUUGCUGCGGGCACUCUCAGGCGCUGGCACAGUGGCCUUGAGCCUAAGCUGCCUGGCAUCUCAGCUACUCUACUACUCAUUUCUGUGGAACGCCUGGGCAGUACUGCCAAUCCAGAUCCUCUGUGCCUUCAGCAAUGGUGCCUUGUGGUGGGCUGUGAACAUGCUGACAGAUGACAUUGCCACCCCUGGCACAGAGAGGCCUCUGCAUCUAGUUUUACAAGGUCUCUCUUGUGGGUGCGGAGCCAGUCUGGGCAGCUUUGCAGGAGGGUUUGUGGUGAACAGUUUUGGCCUGGCCAUGCUCUACAGAGCCUGCUCCGUUACUUUAGUUCUCUGGCUGAUCCUGUUCUUGAUUGUCCACACCAAGUUACCGAGGCAAAAAAAAAUUAACUAUUCCCGUCUGCUAGCCGCAGAUUCGAGUGACUCUGAUGAUGAUAAAGAAAGGGACUGGUUAGUGAAAGCUAUGAAAGAUGAAAACUUCAGUAGGAACUGGUAGCCGCCCUGCAUUUCUUCAGUUUGUUGGCCAAAAUCCAGACUUGGGAGAAAUAGGAUGCAUUGAUGAGAAAGAAAGCAGAACUGUGCACAUGGAAUCUCUGCAGAACCAUUCUACUACCAGUGGAAUUUACAAUGUACAUUUUUUCUCAGAAAGCAAUUAUAAAGAUUUUAUAAAGAUUUUAUUUUCUCAAAAUUAAUUUAUUGUAAAUAUUUGUAGCAAUUUUACUUUUCUAGAGUUUAUGUUUCAAGGAUCCA